CGAACGGCGCCGUGCCCGCUCGUCCGAAUCAUACGCUCGCGCGAGUUCGAUUAACACGCUCUGCGGUAGAAAUUCGUGGUACCGAGAGUUCCAAGAGGCGACGAAGAAGAGCCGAGGAACCUGCGAGGUUCGCGGGAGAACUCUCUUACCGGAUUGGGAUCCGAUCCCCGGUCCGUCGAUGAGGAUCACGUGAUCAUAACCGGUUCAAUGAUGCGGCCGAUUGGUUGGACACUCGCGUGCUGCGCGUUGCUCACGGCUACUUUUCCAAAAACCGCGAUAACUGAGAGUGUCCUAGUCGGUGGUGGUGGUGGUGAUCUCGCUACGAUCGAUGACCAAGGUCGACCUGGACGCGAUGAACCGACCAAAUUGUCGUCCGUCGCAAAGGCCCCGAGCCUGGAUCGCGCCGUCUUCGAACUUGGAAGAUUCCUCAACAAUCUGUUCGUCGGGAACGAUGCACAACGAACGACGAGCGGACAGGGUCGAACCUUCGGCGUGAAGCGGCUACAAUUGAUGCUGAUGCCGAUGAUGUACAAAAUGGGAGUCAUGAUGACGCUGUUAAUAGUGUUGACAGUGAUUUCGUUGAAGGGACUGCUCAUUGGUGCCAUUCUACUGAUGCUUAAGGUGAGCACGAUAAUGGCCAAGUUUAACACCGGCUGGCAGCACAAUGGGCCGCAGCAACAGGCCCAACCUAUCCACGUGCACGUCCACAACGGCAUGCCCUCUGCUCAUGCACAGGCGUACAAUGCUUGGAUGCACAGUGGUCCAGAAGACGACGAUCACUACUACUAUCGAGGAUGAAUACGACUCGUCUAGAACGAGUCCUGCCUGUUCUCGGGAACCGAUCCCUCGGCGACCACAAUCGGAACUAGGCUGCGUCGUUCCCCUUACGCCAAACCACGUUCAACUUCAAUUCGAUCGAUUCCACAAUCUAGAUUAUUAUAUUAUUAUAUUACACGCUCGAUUCUGUAUCGGUGAAUCGUACAACACACGGAUUUCGUAUAGAUUCCGAUCCUAUUAACUGUAGGUUUGGUUUAAGGGGAACGAUAUGUCGUCGAACAAGACGACGAUACAAUCCUUUGGAGGGAAGCAGAACGCGAUCGAUUUGCGAUUUUCGUUCGCAACGAUCCCGUGUACCAAAGUAAAUAUCGAAAGCUGUGGCUUCAGCAACGCUCAUAGUAUUCAGAGAUAUAAAGCUGGUAUCUCAUCUCGACGUUGCACCGCGGACCGUUGCGCAAUCGACCAAAUUGUGAAGCCAAAAUUGAUUAACCGUUACGUUUAAGCAGCAACCUCACGAUUACCUCAUUCUAGUAAUAACUCUGUAAUUUAUUUUGUAAGGAGCCUGCGUCCUAUCCUUCCGUCGAAUUAUGUAUCUCUAGAACGUAUCUAUUAAAUCGUUUAAGUCGAAUUACUGUCGAUGCUCGACUUCUCCUCUGUGUAUUUGGAUUUAUUUCA